CAGAACGAGCAACGCUCGAGCGCCUGCUUUCGUUCUGCCCAGAAAGAAUAACUCGUUUGUGCACGGCAAAAAGUCCCGAAUUACUAACGCUUCAUGUAAAUUCGUGCGAAAGAGCAAGCAAGAGAUUAGGGAAAGCUGGUAGUGGUAUUCACCCUGCAGCGAACUCUUCCCCCUCCAACCCCCACUCCGUCUUUCCGGAACGCCUUCCUCUCACUUUCGCACACUAAAAAAUCACGUGUUUUUUGUUCCCAACGCCCUCGCCCUCCCCUUCACCCACAAAUAGGACAAGUUCUGCCGGUUCAACCGACAACAAAGUCGAAUCUUUGGACGGUUCACCCGCCUACCACUAGAGAGAAAAACGUGCCGCGGAGACGAUGCCCACGCCCCGAGAAACAGGAUCGGACGAGGCCACUUCGUAACAAAGAAGAGUAAAAUAAACGAAAAAUUCGAACUUUUUUAUAAAAAAAAAAAAAGAAAAUAUAAAAGUAAUGGCGCAGCAGGGGGCUCCCGCUCGGCCUCGUGCGAAAGAAGCGCUGAUGUUUCCGGCGUCGUCGCGGGCGUUCAUCGAUCCGUACCUGCCCACGGCGGAGGGCAACCGCGAAGACGGCGUUGGCGGGACCGACCGGCCGUUCGUGACGCUGACAUAUGCGCAGUCUCUUGACUCCAAGCUGGCGCUCGCGCCGGGCGCGCAGACGGCGCUUUCGGGGCCGGAGACGAAGGCGAUGACGCACUACCUGCGGUCGAGGCACGACGCGAUCCUGGUCGGCGCGGGCACGGCGAUGGCGGACGACCCGGCGCUCAACUGCCGGCUGGCAGGCGUCGGUCUCGACGGGCAGCCGCGGCCGGUCGUCGUCGACGCGCGGGCCCGCUGGAGCCCGGGCAGGUGGCCCGACGGGGUGGCGGCGUGCAUGGCGCUGGCAUUUCACGGCACGGGCAAGGGCCCGUGGAUCCUCACGUCCAAGGACCCGACCGAUCUUGACCCGGAAUGGGUGCGCUGCGCGGAGCGGUGCUCCGGCGCGUACAUCACGGUGCCUGCGACGGACGGCGAGAUGGACUGGCAGGCCAUCCUUGCGGAGCUCGGGCGACGAGGAGUCGACAGCGUCAUGGUCGAAGGCGGCGCCAAGGUCAUCAACGCCCUGCUUCAGGAGAAAAAUCUCCACCUUGUCGACGCGGUCAUAGUCACAAUUGCACCUGUCUGGCUGGGCGACGCCGGCGUCAACGUGAGCCCCCCAGCGCUUCGUUCCGGCGACGGAUCGCUGCGCGCCGCCACGAGUCUAGCGGAGGUGAGAUGGCAGCAGUUUGGGCAGGAUGUGGUCAUGUGCGGCAAAAUCAAGCGAUAAACGUUUGGUUGCUUCCUCUUCGGCACAAUUUACGGACAUGGAUCAUUUGCAAUUGUACGGUAUAAGGUGGUGGAGCAUGCCCAAAUUAUGUUCAUGUAUCUUCCCCUCUGCGAGCGUCACGUCUAAAAGUGCUACUGUUUCCCCGGGCCUUGGUCAGCUCAGUGCCUCAAGCCUCCAGCUCCUUUGGUAUACCAGAUAAAUGUGAUGCUGCGGUUGCAGAUGAUGUGGCUGAUCCCAUCACAGCACUCCUGUGUUCUAAUGAAGAAGCCAGAAGAUUAACACAAAGUAUGAUGACGUCUCUAUGCAGCUUCCUAGAAGUGUUAUUCAACUGCC